CCCAAGAUCUCUCCCCGACCGACGCUCAUCAUUUGCCGCACUACUCUGCACCCACUGUUGAACAGAGAGAAAGAGUGUUAAUUUAUAUUUUAUCUAAGAGCGGGGGAGUUGCCUAUUAUAUAGGCAAGAGACCAGCACUAGCGUGUUGGCGCUGGUGCGGAGCGAGUGAAAAAGUAUGGGUCACGUGGCAGGAAUCCCAAACAACACCCACCCCUCCCUGUCACCAGCAACCAUCACCAUCCGUCUCCAUCACCAUUCCAUAUUCCCCCCACGGCGCCUUUCCGUUCGCAGACUCGAUCCACAUCCGGCUGUUUGUCACUGACGUCUUUCAACUUUCAACUCGGAAGGCGAAACUGCAGUGUCCGAAAGAGAAGGUACACAUCCACCCAAUGACGCGCCACCUUGUGAAGCCGCGCACCGAUGAACGGAGUUUUAACGUUGAAAAUGUAUCUGUGCACUUUCUUGUCCGUGGGUGUGUGUGGAGAGGUAGUUGCAGAGCGCGUGGAUCGGGGCGUCGAAGAUGAUGUCGCCGAGCCAGCGCGUUGCGGCGUUGACCAAUCCGUAACGGCGAAGGUGCUGAGCGUGAACAACAUGGUGAGGAGGGUGACAAUGAUCAUGCAGUUGACAAGAUGACAUGCAAUGUCUGCGUGGCUUUUGGAUUCUGCCCAACAUUGUCUCUGGGCAUCCUGACACAGG